AUGCUUCAGCGUUGGUGUGUGUGCUCGUAUCAAGCCAAACCAAAACAGUCCCAUCUUCAAGCAGUGAAGAAGAUCUUGAGGAUGUCAAGGGAACUGUCAAUCUGGGGAUCUUCUACUCUAAAGGAUCCAACAGAAAUCUUGCUGGAUAUUGUGACGCCGAUUGGGCAGGAUGUGCAGAUGAUCGGAAAAGUACAAGUGGAGGUUGUUUCUUCCUUGGGAACAAUCUUAAUUGCUUGGCUUAAUAAGAAGCAGAAUUCUGUGUCACUAUCUACUGCAGAGGCUGAGUACAUUGCAUUGGGAAGCUGCUGCACACAGCUUAUAUGGAUGAGACAGAUGUCAGCCGAUUAUGGAUGGAGUCUGGACCCUUCUUGGUCUACUGUGACAACAAAAGCGCCAUUGACAUAUCAAAGAAUCCGCCGUCAGAUCUACAAGCCAGCAAUCUCCAAGCACUUGCCGUCGAAUGAAGUAGCGACCACUACAUCUCUGGUAGUGACCGCCGAUUGUGUUUCUGAACCAGCAGAGCCGGAGGUACAACAGACCGACGCAUCAAUGUCUGUCAGAUCCAAACCAGCCGUUUCACCCUCUCGACGAAACUCGCGAAACAGAGUCUCUUGA